GAGAGAGAGAGAGAGAGAGAGAGAGCGAGAGCGCAGCUGCUUCACACCCGCACAUCUCCUUUUUCUAUCUAACUUCUCCUUUCACUUCCUAGUUGUUGGGAAGCCCAGUUUCUGCUCGACACUUUUUUCUCAGAUCGAUCACAGAUCUUAACAAACCUCUUUUUGUUUUGGAGAGCUGAGCCACUUUGGGCUUGCAUCUGGCUCAACCGGCGCGUCUCGGAUUUUACCCACAUACCAGAAAUAACAACCAGCACCUCUGCAGAUUUUAAAGAGUACCGAGUAGUGUGAAAGAACUGCGGGACUGCAGGCGAAGGUCCUGGAGAGUUCUGAGGUCGUGUUGCUGGCACUGAGGCGCACAGAUGGUGUUUCUGUGGGAUGCAAAAUACGAUCCAGCCCCUGGUAGGCGAUACACUCCCCCCUCCACUUCCCUUGCCUCGGGGGGGAAAAUGGCUGAGGCUUUGCCUCUAGGAGCCCAGGAGGCUGGUGGAGGGGCCACCGUGAUGGGCAAGUUCCGCAUAGCGGACCACAGCAUGGCUGAAGUGAUUUCUGAUCAUCCAGGAGAGCUGGUAAAAACUGACAGCCCAAAUUUCCUCUGCUCUGUCCUGCCCACUCACUGGAGGUGUAACAAGACUCUUCCCAUUGCUUUUAAGUUAGUGACCCUGGGUGAUAUUCCUGAUGGUACUUUGGUAACUGUGAUGGCUGGAAACGAUGAGAACUAUUCAGCAGAGCUUCGCAAUGCCACCGCGGUCAUCAAGAAUCAAGUGGCCCGAUUCAAUGACCUGCGAUUUGUCGGCCGCAGCGGGAGAGGAAAAAGUUUCACUCUCACGAUCACGGUGUUCACCAACCCUCCCCAAGUGGCUACAUAUCAAAGAGCUAUCAAAAUCACAGUGGAUGGUCCCAGAGAGCCACGACGUCAUCGUCAGAAGCUGGAAGAGGUCAAACCUGGCUCAUUGGCUUUCUCUGAGAGGCUUACAGAGCUGGAACAGCUGAGAAGGAGCUCUAUCAGAGUAACACCUCCUCAUAAUCAUCAUCAUCAUCAGCAAUCUGCAAACAGCCACCAAUCUGCAGUCCUCACUUCAGCAACAUUUUCUAGCCCUCCACACUCUGGACUAACAGCUGAUUCCAGACAGAUACAGUCUUCUCCAUCCUGGUCCUAUGAUCAGUCUUAUCCCUACCUUGGCCAGAUAACUACUCCCACUGUUCACACAACUGCUCCACUUUCACCUGGUCGCUCUUCUCUUGGUGACCUGUCCUCAAGACUCACAGGUCCUGACCUUACAGCCUUUGGUGACCCCAGGAUGGCUUUGGAGCGGCCUUUUAGCUCCCUUCCCUCCCUGCCCGACUCUCGUUUCUCUAACCCUCGGGUGCACUAUCCUCCUACAGGAGCUGCAUUCACAUACACGCCAACCCAUAAUCCAGUCUCUAAUGGUGCCAUCAGCAUCACUAUGGCGACAGCCAUGGCAACCACCCAAACAGGACGGUACCAUACAUAUUUGCCUCCACCGUAUCCUGCAAACACCCCUCACCAAACUCAGAAUGGGCCGUUCCAGUCUACUUCAUCUCCAUACCACCUGUACUACUCAGCCACCACCGGCUCAUACCAGUUCUCUAUGAUGGCCGGGGGAGGAGGCGGCAGUGACUCACAUUCUCCACCUCGUAUCCUCCCCCCUUGUACCACUGCAUCCACAGGUUCUUCUCUUCUACACCCUUCUUUGCCUAAUCAGAAUGAGGGAGUGGGUGUGGAGGUGGAAUCCAGCCACAGUAGCUCACCAACAAACAUGGUUGCUGCUGAAGCUGUAUGGAGACCAUAUUGAGUCACCUGAGACAGUGAUAACAGAUUUUUCUACUCUUAUCACAGCAAUGCUGCUAAGAGUAGACUCACCUGAAAUGAGUAUAUUUUAUAUAAUGACAACUCAAGGACUAUGCGAGUCUUAUCUUUACAUCAUUUAAGUUGUUUGACAGUGGCGGUUCUAGACUAGAUUUACCGGCAGGGGGUGGAGCAGUUCUUUUUCAAAACAAUAAAAAAAAAAACAGGGCAAUAUUUCAUAAGUUAAGUAAGCCACAGAGCCAUUUGGUUCUGUGGAUCAAGGGAUCAAGCUGAUGAAAUGAAAUAACAGAUGAAAACUGUUAUUCUAUCUCAAUGCAGCUGAAACUAAAAGAGCAACACUUUAAAGCCGCAGUAUGAAAUUUUUAUUAAAAAAUUUUUUUAAACAUAUUUGUUGAAGCUGUCACUGUCGUGGUAUGAGGCAGAGAAUCAGUGAAAAAAAAUUUAGCUCCUCUGCCUUCUCCCCGUGCUAACUAGAACAACCAAUCAGAGCCCGGAGGUGGGGGUUAGCGCUGUCAUUCACAGUGUCCUGUGGUGCUGCCAGCUUUUGCCAACAGAUUCUGUUGUGAGUGCUCAGGCUAGUUAGCAUAGCAGCGGCUAAAAUCGUUUUUCUGUAACAGUAAGUUGUUUCUCCGCCAUUAGCACAUUUAGCAGCGAGUACAUGAGGAUUAGUGGUGGCACCAAGACCCUCCUCCUGGCUCUGAUUGGUUGUUUUUGGUCGGGAGCAGCUCAGGGAGGAAGAUUGAUCUUUAGGCAGAUUAUAUGUCUCGUACUGUUAAGAUAUGGUGACAGUUUUAACAAUUAUGUAAAAAACAUGUUAUUGAUAAACGGUAUAUAUUGCAACUUUAAUUAUUAAUUCAUUGUUAAAAUAAAACAAGGAAACCAAUGUAAUUGGCCCAACAUAGCAAUAGCUGCCUUUCCGUUAACCAUAUAAUUGCGCAAAUUAUACAGUUAAUGGACAAUUUGUGCAAUUAUCUGUUAAGCGAAUUCGCAAAAUUCACAUAACACAAUUUUGUAAAUUCCACUUUAUCUCAUGAAAUCUCAAGACAUUACCAGUAAUAUUGUUUUCUUUUUGUUUUCUUCAAAAUGCAUCCAAUUUUAAAAAAAAACAAAAAAACUAACGUUUUUCGAUAAAAAGCAUUUGCGCUAGGAUGAAGUGGUUUUUCGGCCGUAUUGAAACACUUUUUUCACAUCACAAGAGUAAUGAGCAGGAUGUUACUACUGGCGAAAACCAGAAGAAGACAGGAAGUAGUAGAAGGAUGAUGGUUUGUUUUUUGGGGGGGUUGGGGGGUAGGAGGGGUGGACAAUGUGCAGCUGGCUCCACCAAAACUCUCACAGCAUCUCAAAUUUUAUAAAAGUUGUGUGGCAUUAGAACGUGUUGAAUCUUUGCUGUAAAAUGACUAAUUACAAUUUCCCCAAAAUGCCACCUAUGUAGUCUCAUAUCAUCAUAAAUUGAUUUAGUAUUAUCACUUUAUUACAGAGGUCAUAACAGGGUUCAGGACUUUCUGCAGGGGCACUGGCCCUUGUCUGUCCCUGUUGUUUGACAGAUUGAAAAAAAGCCAGUUUUCACCCUGUCAAAUUGGAAUUGGAUAAGCUAUUCAAUCUUUAUGGCCUCCUGAUUUUUGCACCAGAUACACAAAAUAACUUUAUCUCAUGAAAUCUCCAAACAUUACCGGUAAUGUAUUGUUUUCUUUUUGUUUUCUUAAAAAAGCUUUGACCUGUUGAGUAAGCUGUUCAUUUUCUGUAGGGUUUACAAAAUGUUACUGAACCACAAAUAUGUAGAUUUUGGUGUCAUUUCUAGUGAAUGUAAUUCCAAUUGGUUUCACACUAGGACUGUGCGAAUGCAGAUCACCAACAGUACAGCAUGUGUUUUUAUACCAAUGAAGAAACGUGUCAGUUUGUGCAACUUACUCACUCAAGACUUGUUUUACAUUUUUGCUCAGAAAGGAGUUUUACUUCACAAAUGUAUGGGAUUCAGUGUCUCAGAUCUGGACACAUACACUUAGAGUCAGAGGUAAAAAGUCAAAGGUAAAAGGCAUUGGUUCUAUACACUGGAUGCCAAUUAAAGAGUUGGAAAGUAUGCAGACAUUUAUUUUAUGUUAGCUAACUUGAAUUUAACACUUUAAUCGGUUUCAUAUUUCUGCAAAAAUGCAAGAGUAGCAAAGUGAAGUCCUUCCAAAAAAAUAAGGGCUACUAGUAUUAAUCUUAUUUUCAAAGGCCAUAUUUUAGUGCAUCAGAUGCAUAUUGUAUUUUCCAGGCUGAAUGACACUCAUUACACCUUUGUGUAAUCAAUCAUAUUUAUUCUUCUUUUGAUUGCCACUGCAGAUUAUAAUCCCCCAUUUCAUGCUAAGCCAAGCAUCUUCUUCUGCCACAUUGACUUUGCAUGUCCUCUUUCACUUUACCCAUUAAUCUUCUCUGCAGCCUUUUCUUCAUCACUAGCAGUUCCAUGUUUAACAUCUGUUGUCCAAGAAAUGCACCAAGCCCUCUGUACAUGUCCAGGCUCCAUCAGUCUUGCCUCCAGCUGGCUGUCCUUUGGAUUUUCCCUUCUGACCAUUUUGUUUGCUCUGAAUGGAACUCUUAAAAUUAUAGUGUCUUCACCUACAAAUCGUUGUCCUAUGUUUUUAUUGGGUCCUUCAUCUCCCAACAUCACAGCAAUGGAUUCAUUAUGCAGUUAUUCCCAAAAGAUUUGAUCCUUACGCACAUUUUAUAAACUUCACUGCUUGACUCUUGUUAUAGCUUAUUGUCAGGUGUCUGGUAUUCUGAAGUUUAAUAAUAAACAUUUCAUAAACCAUAAGCUGUUAAUGACAAGUGAAUCAAGUUUAUGCAAACUGUUGAUGUUUCCUUUUUUUAUGACCACUGCAUUGUCCCAGUGUUCUGACUAUCUGUGCUAACAUGUCAAAUUUUCUAUUAAUAGCUAUUGUCGGUACUACCUCUCGAAAACCGCUAAUCAUACUUACAUACAAAAGACCUUAGCAGUUAGUGCCAAUGUUAAAUACUGAUUUCCCAUUAUUAUAUUUAAGGGAAUGGAUUUGCACUUAACCAGGAUAAGUAGAAUUUGAAAAAAAUAUGUGAAUGACAUUUUUCUAAAAGCAUAUGAAUCCCUUGUUUAAGAACACCUUGUGUAAAUGCACUUAAAACAUUCUUGAGAAUAGCGUACCUGUUUUAUCAUGUAAAGCUGGUACUAAAACCCCAUUAGAAAUCCUACCUUCACAAAAUACACAUGGUAGAACAUAUUGAUCUACCAAAACUCCAGCAAAAUAUCCUACCUGGUAAUGAAAUGUGUGGGUAGCACAUUUUGCUACAGUACAUUCCUUCAUUUGAAUAUCAUUAUUAAAUGCAGAGGUAGCACAUGCUGAUGCAUCAAAACGCCUUCAUCAGAAUAUCCUACCUGGUAAAUGUGUGGGUAGAGCAUAGCAGUGCAUUAAGACCCUGCAUCAGAAUAUCCUACCUUUUUAAAAAUAUUUUAAAUGCAGAGGUGUUUCAAAGAAUGAAACAGCAUCAGACAGCGGAAACAAGUUUUUAUUGAAAUUAAAUAAGACAUCUACAAAUACAGAUCUCUGCAAACUCUUCUUUGUACAUUAAUACAUUGUAUGACAGUCUAUCAAAUGAAGCAGUCAAAUUGUGUCCACCAAACGUCACAGGCCACUGUGCACCUGAAAUGAUAGGAUAUCUUAAUAUACACUAUACCGUAGAAAUACACAGCUUCAAUCCCACAUAAUAUCGCUACCAAAAUGCUCUAUUUGGCAGUUGAAUAAAAAAAAAAGUAUUAUUAAAUUAAAAUUUUUUAAAGUAUAGGGACAACAUAGCCCACAAAACAACGUACUUUGUCCUGAUUCACGUGGUUGACGCCAAGCAAUGACUUUCUUGUUUACAGUAUGCAGUACAGUAAGGACAUUGCAGACAGCAAACUAAUCAUUUACAAAUAUGUUUACAAGCUGCCUUAAAAAUGCAUAAUACAACAGCUUACUAAAGACAGGUACAAAAUAAAUUAGAUAAAGCUUACCUUAAUCUUCAAUGGAAUAAAACAGACAAAAGAAAACCUCCACAGAUAGGAUGUAUGAAUAAAUCUGUUGAGUAAGCAGUAUGUGACACCGACUUGCGCAGAGGCAUUGCCACAAGGUAGGACGGAUUGAUGGGUAGCAGAUAGUUAGAACAGCUGUUU